AUGGCCUCUAGAAACCGGUUUCGCCUUCAUAAUCUAUUCCACAGGCCUAAUAAUCCCCAGAAAGUGAACGCUCAAACUGGUGGAAUGGAAAUCCAGAAAAGUGGCAGCAUCAACGGUUUACUACUGGUUUCUUCUCCUGGCAAAUCUAACAGUCACUCAAACCAGCCAACACAAUAUUCUGAGCCAACGGACCUGUGGUCAGCUGCCUAUAACCAGCUGGGCGACGAGGAGCGACGUAUCUUGUCAACAAUAACAAUCCCUCGAACGCCCACUGAGAGGAAGAACCUACCCCAGACCGCUCUUCUUAUCAGCGAGGUAAUUCAAUUGACUGAAAAGCAGUAUCAGAAUCACCAGCAAAGAGCGGAUAAAAGACUUCGAGAAUCCUUUCAGAAAAUCAUCAACGCGGCGUUGUCAUUCAAAGAUAUUGUCGAUGCAGUUGUGGCCUUUGAUCCUACUUACCAUGCAGCUAGUGCUUGGGCAAUUGUGUCUCUUGGGUUGACGGUCGCCCAGAACCAUCACGACCUACAAGUUGCGUUGUUUGAAUCAUCAGAGUACCUAGCGGACGUUCUCGCGCAGUGUGCCUACAUCGAGGACCAAUUCUACAUCAAUGGUGAUGGCGGGCGAAAGCGUGAUUUGGGGAAUGCCAUGAUCAGGCUCUACAGGGCCAUCCUACACUACACAGCACAGAUACGAACCGCUCAAGACCCUAGCACGGGGAGGAAGCUGCUGGACUGUGUUACUGCCAUUAUUAAGCACCCACUCAGCGAGCUCCGAGCCUCAGUUGAGAAGGAAAGGGAUAAUAUAGCCCGGUCAAGGAGCAUCUUAGACCGGGUGGAUGAGGUACUCGAAUCUAUGCAGCUUCUUACUGAGCAGUUCAACUUGGCGAAUCUCUGCGUUGCAAAAGGGGCACUCUACAACUCGUAUGAUAAUCAACACGACGAUUUUUGCCUCCUAGACACCCGGACCGAACUCCGUUCACAGAUCACAGAGUGGGCCGAGUCGUCAGAGAGCAAAAUCAUAUUCUGGUUAAACGGCAUGGCGGGGACUGGAAAAUCCACCAUUGCUCGAACGGCUGCACGAGCGUUCGAAGAAAAGCAGCAGCUUGGUGCCACUUUCUUCUUUAAGAAAGGCGAGGCAGACCGUGGUGAUGCGAAACACCGACAGCUGGCUCCAGGUGUCUUGAAGGCAAUCAGGGACGAUUCUGACAUCUCAGCAAAAUCCCUUAGGGAACAAUUUGACAAGCUCCUUCUUCAACCACUUUCUAACCUGAUUUCGACCGACUCUACAACCACUAUUAUUGUGAUAGAUGCACUAGAUGAGUGCAAGAGUGAAGAUAUACCUAAGUCGAAGGUGCUACAUGUCCGGAUAUUCCUGACGAGCCGACCUGAAAUUCCAGUCCAUUUGGACCUGCAUGACCUUCCUAAUCCAGUGAUUGAGGAGGAUAUUCGCAUUUUUCUAAAAGAAAGGCUUUCAGUGAUAAGAAAGAACCGGGAAAUGACUGAUGACUGGCCAGGGGAGGAGAGUCUUCAUACUCUUGUCGAAAUGGCUGUUCCCUUGUUUAUCUUUGCAGCCACUGCAUGUCGUUUUAUUGAACAAGGCAGGCAUCCAGAAAGGCGCCUCAAGCAGCUUCUGGCAGCUCAAGCAGUUACUACUGCCUCGCAGAUGGAUAAGAUUUACCAGCCUGUCUUGACUCAGCUCCUCACGGACAAUGAUGAUGAAUCAACUGGAAUUCUGCAGGAAUUUCAGGAUAUUGUUGGUGUUAUCAUUAAUCUUGCGACUCCUCUUACAGUUGACUCACUAACACAGCUCCUUCAUCUGCCCAAACGGACUAUCAGUGACAUCCUCGAUCCAUUACACUCGGUUCUUAAUAUCUCUAGCGAUACAGAGGCACCGGUCCGUAUCCUGCACUUAUCCUUCCGCGAAUAUCUCUUGACAACAGAAAACAGAUUCCAUGUGGAUGAGCAAGUAACACACAGAAAGAUAGGACUGCAUUGUCUUCGUGUGAUGAGUGACGGCCUCAGGCACAAUAUCUGUGGUUUGCCCAGUUACGGGACGGAGAGAGACAAUAUCAGCAGGCAGUUGAUGAAUCAGCAUCUCUCCGCGGCUCUGCAAUACUCCUGUCGGUACUGGGUACAUCAUCUUCAGCAAAGUAAAUGCUGUAUCUCUGAGUUCCCAAUCCUUCACUUUCUGAAAACACAAUUCCUCCAUUGGUUAGAGGCACUAAGCCUUAUGGGAGUCCUAUUUGAAAUCGUAGGGAUGAUAGAUACGCUCCAGGCGCUGGCUGUCAAGAAUACAGAUAAUGAAAUAUCAGAAUUUUUAUACGACGCCAGGAGAUUCAUCCUUAGGAACAGCUCUAUUGCCAGUACUGCUCCACUGCAACUUUAUUGUUCUGGACUGAUAUUUUCACCAAGAAAAAGUAUUGUGCGAAAGGUGUAUAGCGAUAAAAUUCCAAACUGGAUAUGUCCAUUACCACAAAUGGAAGCCACAUGGAGCUCCAACUUACAGAUACUCACAGGCCACUCAUAUUGGGUUAACACUGUGGCCUUCUCUCCUGAUGGAUCAACCCUGGCCUCGGGCUCGGCUGAUACGACCAUCAAAGUCUGGGAUGUCAAUACAGGCAAAGAGCUGCAGACACUUACAGGCCACUCAAAUAUGGUUAUGUCUGUGGCCUUCUCACCUGAUGGAUCAAUCCUGGCCUCGGGCUCUGCUGAUACAACCCUUGAGCUCUGGGAUGUCAAGGCAGGCAAAAAGCUGCAGACACUUGUAGGCCACUCAGACCAGGUUAUAUCUGUUGCCUUCUCUCCUGAUGGAUCAACCCUGGCGUCUGGCUCAGCUGAUACAACACUUAUACUCUGGGAUGUCAAGGCAGGCAAAGAGUUGCAGAAACUUGCAGGUCACUUAAAUAAGGUUACAGCUGUGGCCUUCUCUCCUAAUGGAUCAACCCUGGCCUCAGGCGCAGAUGACAGGACUAUCAGACUCUGGGAUGUCAAGGCAGGCAAAGAGCUGCAGACACUCACAGGCCACUCAGAACCAGUUGCAUCUGUGGCUUUCUCUCCUGAUGGGUCAACCCUGGCCUCGGGCUCGGCUGGUGACACUAUCACACUCUGGCAUAUCAAGGGAGGCAAAGAGCUACAGACACUCACAGGCCACUGGAAUGCGAUUGAGUCAGUGGCCUUUUCGCCUGAUGGAUCAACCCUGGCCUCGGGCUCGCUUGACAGGACCAUCAGACUCUGGGAUGUCAAGGCAGGCAAAGAGCUGCAGACACUCACGGGCCAUUCAAGUUGGGUUAGUUCUGUGGCCUUCUCUCCUGAUGGGUCAACCCUGGCCUCGGGCUCGGCUGAUGACUCUAUUGCACUCUGGCAUAUCAAGGCUGGCAAAGACUUACAGGCACUCACAGGUCACUCAGAUCAAGUUGACUCUGUGGCCUUCUCGCCUGAUGGAUCAACCCUAGCCUCUGGUUCGCUUGACAGGACCAUCAGACUCUGGGAUGUCAAGGCAGGCAAAGAGCUGCAGACACUCACAGGCCAUUCAAGUUGGGUUAGUUCUGUGGCCUUCUCUCCUGAUGGGUCAACCCUGGCCUCGAGCUCGGCUGAUAACACCAUUAAACUUUGGGAUGUCAAGGCAGGCAAAGAGCUGCAGACACUUACAGGCCACUUAGCCCAAGCAGGCAAAGAGCUGCAGACGCUCACAGGUCACUCAGACCAGGUUACAUUUGUCACCUUCUCUCCUGAUGGAUUAAUACUGGCCUCUGGCUCAGCUGAUACAACACUUAUACUCUGGGAUGUCAAGGCAGGUAAAGAGUUACAGACACUUACAGGCCACUCAAAUAAGAUUACAUCUAUUGCCUUCUCUCCUGAUAUAUUGAUGCUGGCCUCUGGCUCAGCUGAUACAACACUUACACUCUGGGAUGUCAAGGCGGGCAAAGAGCUGCAGACACUCACAGGCCAUUCAGGUUGGGUUAGUUCUGUGGCCUUCUCUCCUGAUGGAUCAACCCUGGCCUCGGGCGCGAACGACAGGACUAUCAAACUCUGGGAUGUCAAGGCAGGCAAAGAGCUGCAGACAGUGACGGGCCAUCCACAUUUGGAUUGGUCUGCGGCCAACUCUUCACCUACAGCGGGUCAUUAUAUUCCAUUUUCACAUAGAAACAAUAACCCAAGUCAAUUUCAAGUAUCUUUAUCAGGCAACUGGGUUUCCAUGGCAGGUGAAAAGCUGGUAUGCCUGCCACCUGACUAUCCGCGACAUAGUUGCUCAGCUGUGAAUGGUGCUACCAUUGCCCUUGGUUAUGAAGAUGGACGACUUCUUAUCAUAGGAUUCCAUGCACCAUAG